AUGGACAGCGAUGAUUUUGUGCUCGUGGAAAAACAGGUGACCAGCCAUGAUACUGAACAGAUACAAACCUGGCUGUCCCCAACAGAGUUUGAGAUGGAGGGCAGUGAAUAUCAGAAACACCUGAGUGCCCAUGCCUCCGGGACCGGGGACUGGCUGUUCCAUACAGAUCAGUACCGGACUUGGCACGAUGCAAACAUCAACACCUUAUGGCUUCAAGGCAUACCCGGCAGCGGCAAGUCUGUUAUGGCUGCAAGGUUGAUUCGUACCUUCAAAGAAGAAGGUAUACCGGUAUUGUUUUUCUUCGCUCGCCGAAUCAUCAAAACAAACAGCGAACCUCGGCAGCUUGUUCAAGAUUGCCUGUAUCAACUUUCAGGUCAUAGUGUUCUGCUUCAGGCAAGGCUAAAGGUGCUUUUGGCUCUAUACCCUACUGUCGAUAGCGUUCCAUUCCAUGAGCUCUGGAGCCUCUUCUUAUUCGGGGUUGACACCCUUCCCAAGGUAUAUAUAUUGUUGGAUGCAUUAGAUGAGCUUGCGAUCGAGAAUGAUGGCUUUCUUCAAUCGUUACAAAAGCUUGGGCAACAGAGCCCGGAAUCAACCAAGUUGAUAAUAACCAGUCGUCCGGAAGCCCAUCUUCAGACAACGCUUAAAGGUUUCUUCCAGAAUCGUAUCCGUCUUACAGGGGCAAUGGUGGAGCAGGAUAUUGCCACGUACAUAGCUCACCGUCUAGUUAACCAGCAAAAUAAUCCUGCUGUGGCAGAAAGUCAGUCAAUUGUCCAGGAAAGGCUCAGCCGAAAAGCACAAGGCUUGUUUCUCUAUGCCCGUCUCAUGCUCGAUCAGAUUCUUCUGCAAUCUGAGCUGCCAGUGGAGAACCAUUUACAGCACCUCCCUAGCUCACUGGAAGAGAUGUAUGUCAGCAUAUUGCAUGAACACUCUUUGCGCUCUGGUGCUAGCCAACACUUUCAAUGCUGGCUACUCUCGUGGGUCACACACGCUUGCCGUCCACUUCGGGUCACGGAAUUAGCAGCUUUGGUCAAUACUUCCUCUGAUCGCAGCGGGCUAAGUAGCUCGCAGGAUGCAAAAGUCAUGAUACGUAGAUCAUGUGGCCCACUUUUAGAGAUCUUAGAUAACGAAACUGUGCAAGUCAUUCACCACUCAUUUACCGAGUUCCUCUUAGACAGCAAUCGCAAUACUACGAUAACUCCCACUGAAACUAGCAACCGGUUUCCCGUCUUAACACCCACCUCAACCCAUCGCUCUCUCACUCUCUUGUGUGUUGAUUAUCUCUUAUCUGGCUGUUUCAAACCUUGGUCAUUGUCUGAGCGUCCGACCAAGCCAGCAGACCAUGAGCCAGACCGCAAACAGCUAAUGGUCCAUUUCCCAUUCCUACAGUACGCAUCGCAGAACCUACUCUAUCAUGCAGCCAAGUGUGAUGCCAGCGACCCAGAGUUCAUAUUACAAUUAGAUACUCUCUUUCAAAAUGAUAAGCACAGUUUCGAGAGCUGGAAGGACUUCAUAUUUGCAAAAAAGAACCAGACAGUCCCCGAUAACUUUCAUCCACUUCAUCUCGCCGCUCAGGCUGGGCUAUCGGCAUAUACCCAACAUCUCCUAAAGGCACAUGGGACCCGGAUGUUGCUGAUUCUUUUAAUCGGACAGCAGUCACUUAUGCUUGUCGUACAACGUUUACUUGAGGCUGGUGCAGACCCCAUGUCUCCGAAGUCCUGCGAAGACCAUGGCUACUGGAGGUGGAGUCCGUCUACAUUAGGGAAGACACCGAUACAUUAUGCGUGUGAGCUGGGCCACACAGCUUGUGUCUUGGAACUGCUACGGAACCUGGAUCUCCCUUCGAUGAGCUCAAUCCUUCCACAUUGGGCGUCUGCUACAGGUCAAUCGAAAACUCUCGAAGCCCUUCUUAGGUACCCCGCAGUUCUGGAAAACUUGAACAAGAGGGACAGCUAUGGCAACACAGCUUUAUUCCUAGCUGCACGUCGCGGUGACCCGGAGACAGUUCGUGUUCUGCUUCAUUAUGGUGCCGAUGUAAAUGCGAGAUCGGCCAGAUUGAGCAAUUCCGAGGCGCCAUCUGACAUAGAAAUCGCAAAGAGCGGAAGAGGACAGACUCCAAUCCAUGGUUGGACAGCCGCCGGAUAUAGAAGUUGGAGUGAAGGGGACGUUUGCAGCAUCAAGGAGUGGAAGAGAACAGGCGUUUUGCUGAUCGAAGCAGGUUGCGAUCUUGAAGCAAAAAAUGAGGCCGGUCAGACUGCACUGUUUGCCUGGACUAAGCAGUAUAUGUGUGCUCCCCGUGGAUCAGAUAGAACAGAGCGAUUCGUGGAGCUUCUCCUCCAACAUGGUGCCAAUCCCUGUGCGACUGACAACAAGGGAGAUACACCCCUGCACAACCUAUCAAUAGAUAACACGAACUCUAGGGUUCUCAAAUUGUUUGUGAAAGCUGGAGCCAAUAUCAACCAUGGUCGACAGGGAGAUUUUGUAACGCCUCUUAUCUCUGCCGCGAUGAAUCGAAUCGUUGAUGUUACGCCGUUCAUCGAAAAUGGGGCGGACCCAAACCUGCAGGCCUCGGAUGGCAAUACGGCUCUGCAUCACAUUUGCGCGUCAUGGAUGCUCAAGUACUCCCACGUACAGAACUGGCUGGAAUUCGCAGAUCCCACGGUCAAGAAUAAAGCCGGAGAGACCUGUUUGUAUAAGCUAGCCUUUGGAAACGACGGCCAUGAAAGAGUAAAGGCCAUCUCAUUAUUCACAGAGAAAGGACUAGAUCUUGAGUCUCGAGACCGAAGGGGAAGGACAGCCCUACUUGCUGCGUGCGCAAAUGCGGAGCCGCACUUCAUCAUUGGAUUACUUGAGAAUGGUGCUAAUGCAAAAGCAUUAGACUUUCAGCACAAGUCGUGCCUCCACUUAGUUGCACAAGUUCAACUAACGCUGCACGGGAAUGGAGAGGAAGACUUGAACUCAACAAUGAAAGUUAUGAAAUUACUCAUACAAAAAGGGGUUGACAUUAACGGCGUCGACUUGGAUGGAAACACUCCAUUUCAUGACGCGGUCGUAUCAGGGGACCAUUUCCUUCCCCUCCAAGCUAAACUCGAGGUAAUUCUUGGACUUGGCGGGCUGGCCAACACAACAGACUAUCGAGGGCAAACAGUUCUACACAAAGUUGCCAAUCUUAGUAACCCGAGCACCUGUGACCGGAUAGACUUCCUCUUGCAACCAAGUCUCGGCUUGGAUAUGAAUUCACGAGAUAAUGAAGGUCUUGCGCCUAUUCAUUGUGCUUCUUCGAAAUCGGAAAUCAUCACAUGGCGACUUAUACAGGCAGGGGCAGAUAUGCAGGCCCAGUCAAAUGACGGUCGAACUCCGCUACACUUCGCGGCCGCCGCGGCGCAAAGCAAUGUCGUGGGCAUGCUAUGCAAACUAUAUACGGAAAGCUCCUGGUCAUUGGACCAAAAGGAUAAUCGUGGUUGCACUCCUCUGCACUACGCAGCUAGUUCAGGGAACUCUGAAUGUGUCUAUCACCUGUUGCAGGUUGGAGCAAAUCUCAACAUCGCAGACUACCACGGGAGGACCCCGCUGCACAUGGUUGCAGAGCAUAAAGUCGAUGUGGCAACACUAAGAAAACAGCGUAAAUAUCGCGGAGGAGAGUUGUGGGGAAGAACUAUGGAUGGGUCCAACACAUUGGGACCUUUUAUACACCCGAUGUUGCGGGACCAGCUACAUGAUGCCCAUUGGCAUCUAGGCUUCGCUAUCGAGCGUGAAGACGAAGCAUACAUGAUGCAGGAUAUUGUCCGGUUACUCCUGUCUGCAGGCGCAGACGUCAAUCUGCGAGAUAGCUCUGGUCAAACUGCUGGCGAUAUCGCUCUACAUCUAGGUCACGAGGAUGUAUGGAAUUUGCUCUCAAUUCGCACACAGCAGUGUGAACUAACAGCCUUAAUGGGUCAGGUAUGCUCGUCGAAAAGCAUGCGCGCUGAGGACAUCGUUCAAGCUCUUAGUCUGGAAAAGGCAGACGCCUAUAGCCUUCUUCAAGCUGCUAUAUUCUUGAGAAACGAGGCUUUACUAGAUGCUCUACUAGGUGCUGGAGUAGACCUGAUGACCAAAGGCCCUGAAGGGCUGACCCCAGUACACUAUGUUGCGCACUGGGGUCUUUUAUCCAUGAUGAAGACUAUGGCACCGUAUGUUAAGGAUAUUAAUGAUUUCUCUCCCCCGCUGCUUCACGUUGCAGCGGGUCGAAAGUUGUCCAACUUGCAGAUGAUGACUAUGUUGAUAGAAUUGGGCAUCGAUGUCAAUGCUUCAUAUCAAGAGCCAUUCGACGUGGACUCCGACGAAUUCACUGAAGAAUCAACUCCAGAAUACACGGCUACACAUAUGCUCGCAGCGGGCAGGCAGUGGUGGAAUAUCUCAGCACUCGAGAUUCUCUGCAACGCAGGAGCAGACCUUGAAAUCACAGACUCGGAUGGAAACACCGUCCUACAAUGUGCGCUUUCCGGCAAAAGCCACGGUCAACGUAAACAUGGCUUCUGGAGGGAUGAGACUCUGGAGGUGGUGCUAAGGCACGGCGCGAAUAUCAACAAACUAUCUCCCAAUAAGGACUCUACGCCUCUUCUUGUGGCUUUAGAAACCAACCGAGGUUGUAAACUCGUCCAGAGGCUCAUUGACCACGGCGCCGAUAUCAAUCUGGGCCAUGUGCCAGCCUUAUUUGCUGCCAUAGAAAGUCGCAACUGUGAUGCUGUAGCCAUGAUCCUGAACGCUGGUGCGGAUGUCAAUGCGGUAUACUACCCAAAGAGACGAUAUGGGACAGGUCCCAAGGUAGAAACGCCCCUCCUAGCUGCCGCCUUGGAGCCAAGAGAAGUAGGAGAGACGAUUAUGACCCUCCUCCUGCAGCGGGGAGCAAAUCCGUUAUUGGAGCUUGAGGAGAGCAACAGCACAGUCCUCCAUCAGAUUGCCCACCACAAUGGCCGCAUUGGGCCCAUCUUAAAAUCUCGACCAGAUGUUCUCGAAGCCAUAGACCGCAACGGCCUUACCCCCUUACUGAGUGUCUGCUCCUCCAUCGACGGAUACUAUACAGGCGAAGAGUCGACAUCAAUUGAACUGAUAGAUGCCGGCGCAAAUAUCCACAUCACAGACAAGGAUGGCUCAACCCCUCUCCACCUUGCCACCCGCUCAGGCAAAUGCAAAACCGUCGCCAUGUUAUUAGAAAAAGGUGCACCCUAUUCUACAACCGACAACGCCGGCCUGUCCCCUCUUUACUACGCACUCAGUUACUCGAAUAUCAACGAAAGACUUGAAAUGACCAACGCAUUGCUUGCUGCUGGUGUAAACCCCCUCAUAACAGGCCCGAACGGCGAAACAGCACUACACAUUCUCGCCCCACUAUUAGUCUAUUAUAGCUCUCCUGACCACAGCCACCGACCAGAAAAGGAGAUUUACCACCAAGCUGAGCUGAAAGACCUCUACGUUCGCUUCGUAGAAUCCGGCUGCGAUGUCAAUGCCCGGGACGCCCAGGGAGACACUCCAUUAUUCCCGUUUGUCCGGACAAUCAAGGAGCGAGACGAAUACGGUAUCGGCUCACCACCUGCAGAAGAGGAUGUCCGCCAGAUGUUCCAAGUUCAUGAUAUAUUUGCGGUUAAUGACAAUGGGGAUACCUUGCUACAUGCCAUUGCCGGGCGGGAAGACACUCGUGAGAGUGAGAGUGAGCCCGAUGGCGUGUGGUUGUUCGAGGAAUUGAUGGCGCGUGACUUGGAUGCUAGGAAGGAGAAUAAGCAAGGCCUGACAGCUUUGGAUGUUGCUGCAGCUCGUGGGAUGCAGGGGAUUAUGAGGUUGUUUGAGAAGGAGGAGUAG